AUGAACUCAAUUCGAGUUGUGCUUGCUGUGUGUGCGGCACACGCCUUCAUGAUGGAGCAGCUGGACGCUGAUACAGCGUUUCUGAACAGUACGUUGGUGGAAACCGUCUACAUGGAAGCUCCAUGUGGUGCGAAGAACGCUAAGGGCAUGAUAUGCAAGCUGAACAAAGCUAUCUAUGGGCUGAAACAGGCAGCAAGCGCUUGGAACUAG